UUUGGUUUUCCCAUCUCACUCCCCCCACUUGGAAAACCUUCUUUCUUAACUGCCACCUCCGAGACCGAGAAGACUGAGAGAGACAAAAAGAGUCAGAGAGAGUUUUGAAUUAGAUGAAAUUCUGUUGCUGUAGAUUAGAUAUAGAUAGAUUCCUAUUGAUCCCAAACCUAAUUUUCGAAUUUUGAAAUCAAAACUCCAAUUCCAUUUUCUCUGCGACUUUUUUUUUUAUAAAUAAUUUAAAUUUAAAUUUAUUAUCACGUUGGACGAUUCGAAUUCCAAUUUAUAGCGGUUUAUUUGGAGUUCUUAAUGCUGAUUGAUGACGAGCUUUAACCUCAUAUCCCAAAAUGCCGGUUAUCUUUGCUCGUGAGGCUCCCAAGCUAUGGAGGAAAGUAUGCGCAGAGACGUCAACUGAAAUUUCGCUUCUUGCCGGGAAUUGGAAGUAUUUUCUUGCUGGUCUCGUUUUUCAGUAUCUUCAUGGACUAGCUGCUCAUGGUGUUCAUUAUUUACAUCGGCCAGGACCGACGCUUCAGGAUGCUGGGUUCUUUUUCCUCCCGGAACUUGGUCAAGACAGAACUUAUCUUAGUGAGACUCUCUUUUCAGUCAUCUUUUUCUCCUUUGUCUUGUGGACUUUUCACCCCUUUGUUUUCCAGUACAAAAAGAUAUAUACAGUUCUGAUAUGGUGCAGAGUGUUUGCUUAUUUAGGCGUCUCUCAAAUGCUCCGGAUUAUAACCUUCUACUCAACUCUGCUUCCUGGUCCAAACUAUCAUUGCCGCGAUGGCUCAAAACUUGCCAGGCUGCCCCCUCCAGAGAGUGCACUUGAAGUGCUCUUAAUCAACUUUCCCCGAGGAGUAAUGUAUGGUUGUGGUGAUUUGAUCUUUUCAUCACAUAUGAUUUUUACCUUAGUAUUUGUGCGCACGUAUCAGAAAUAUGGAACAAAGAGGUGCAUUAAGCAGAUUGCUUGGUUAGUGGCUGUUAUUCAGAGCCUCCUGAUUGUAGCAUCUCGCAAACAUUACACUGUUGACAUUGUUGUUGCCUGGUACACUGUAAAUUUGGUAGUGUUCUUUAUUGACCAAAAAUUGCCAGAAUUGCCUGAUCGGUCUCUUGGUUCUACAUCUCAACAACUGCUACCAAUAAGCAGCAGAGAUAAAGAUAGCAAGAACAGAGAAGAGCUUAACAAAUUCCGGAAUGGAAAUUCUGCCAACAUUACCACUUGAGUCUGGAAAACCAGUAAAUAUUUCUUAUUGUCCCAUUUAGUUUGACCUCAUUUUGUGGAUGCAAACAUCAUGUGUAAUGCAUGUCUCCAGAUAGGAGGACCGACAAAUCAAAAGUUUCGAGAUAGGAACAUACUUAGCAUUAUAUGGUACAUAGAUGAGCAGCACAAGCUGAAGAUGGUUUUGCUGCUGUUAAAAGUCCUAAGUUGCUUCAACAGAUGCAAUAUUGUCUCUUUAGCGAGGCUGAUGAACGUAAUUUGUAUUAUUGCUGGAAAUGGAAUGUUUUAGGUUUUAGUAUGCUCAUGAGUAACCACUUUUUCA